AUGGCACUAAGCCCCCCAGGCACUUUUUUAAAUGUUUUAGCCAUUAUUGUUGUGUUUACGGUUUUGCCCGUACUUGCUUCAGCUGCCGAAAAUGGGGUUGUAGUUGGUAACCUGGACGGUACCCGCAGAAUCACCACAGAUGAUAUUCAAAACGGAUUCGAUGGAGGUAAGAACUACAUGAAACCAUGUGUCGAGUAUGAUUAUCAUGGACACAACUACGUCUUGAUUGUCGAGAUGGGCUCAUUUGCGGAUCACCUCAUUCCCCUUCCUGGGGUCACCUUGUGCAACCUCCUCACUAACAUGAACGCCACGCGGAACUACGUGUACGCCCCGCGAGACCCGCGUGAUCCCGCAUGGGAUGGUUACACACGCGUGGUGUCCGAACCGCUAGACACCGGUGUCCUUGGUGGCUCAGGUGAAGGAUACACGGAGGAAAGUGGUGGGAGGACGCUCUCGUUCUGGGGAGAUAACAACGAUGAUACGAGUCAUACCGGCGGGUGCUGCGCUUUGACGCCUGGUGAGCCUGCAGCAUGGGGGCGGCCCUAUCGACUAGUGUUCGUUCCAACAAAACCGGCGUUGUACCUCGCUUGGAGGUUCAAACCAACCGUUGCGGUUGUCAAUGGUCCAGUUGUAUUUGAAGUGAACGUGUGGAACAGACACAGCGAGCCGUAUCAAGGAAAUGUGACGUUCCGUAUCACAGCAAACGGUAACACCACCAUCGCGGAGAGCCCAACAGGUCGUUAUACACAUUACGCCGGCCCCCCAGCGGAAGGUGCUAGGGAGUAUGUAAUUGUCGUGGAAGUUGUGAAUGGGCCUGAAACCGCGAACGCGAAAAUACUGAAAGCUGUUUUGAAUGUUGUUGGGCGGCUUCCAGCCGACGUGUCAGCAUACCCUGACGCACUUGUCCCACGUCUGCUGCAUUUUGGUGAAGCGGGCACGGCAAUACGUGCAGUGGAAAGAUCAACUGCCCUCGAAAGGGAUUGGUUCGCUCCCACUGUCGUUGGCGGUGAGGCACAAAUUCGACCGCAGGUCGGCAGCAGGAGUAUGGUGCGCAUUGACAGCGAGCACUUCUUGCAGGAUGUGUGGCGGGAGUUGGCCGCAGACGAUGGUGUGUUUGUAGCGAAGGUGCCGCACAGAAGUUUGCAAUUCUACGCUUUUUCUCUUUAUAGUGCUGCGACCCAGCGUGUCACUGUGCGAUAUGGUUUCGAUGCCACAGCGGUGGUGUAUGUCGACGGUAAACGCUUCACUCCACGGAGUGCCGACCCAUCGAAUGAAAGUUCGUUUGACGUCUCUCUAACUGAAGGCUUCCACCAGGUGUUUAUCAAGUUGUUUUUUGAUCAAUAUAGUGUCAAUAACCGAACUGAGUUGCUCGCUACAUCCAAGUUUUGGAUGCGUGUUGUUGGCACUGCUGUUGGCUACUCUCUCAGGGGUGUACCGCGUAUGGAAGGCGCAGCUUAUGAGCUGAUGGACGACCUACACGUUUCCAAAUUUCUCCAUCUUGGAAAAGAGUGGGUAGACUUCGUUUACGGUGGUUUCGAUGGGAGUGUUGUUGAUGUGCUGCGAGUUUUUCCCCAGCCUGGGAGAAAGGUAGGAAACCUUACGUGGACAACACUAACAUCCCCCGACGGGAAAAUACCGGUGUAUGGAGUGAAUCUCCACAAAGGGAAAGGGUCGGCUGUGUCAUACAUUGCCUUUUCCCUUCACAACGGCCGUAACAGCUUCGCGUCGGUUUGCUGGACUUUUGUCACUGAAGGUGAAACGGACUUAUUUUUGGACAGCACGCCUGCUUAUUCCCGAGGAAAUGGUACGGAAAGAAAGCAAGAGAGUGUUACAACUUACCUGUCACCGGGGUGGCAUUCAAUUAUUCUCCGCACCGUUGCUAUCAAUGGUCAUUCUUGGUUCCUUUCAUUUAAAAUCCACCUUGGAAGCUGCGAGGUUAAGGGUGUCAACGCACUCGGUAACGAUCUUCCACCUUACCUCACUCCCGUGCAGGCGGAAGCACCGGUGCUGACUCUGAUGAGACUUGUUAAGAAAGAAUCGACUGUAGGAGCAAUUCCACACGAUCUGGAGGCCGAAAUGUCGCCUAGUGCUCAGCUGACAGACUUUCCUUUGGAUUCGCGCCCUAGCUCCAUGAUCCUAUCUACGGAGAGUGUCUGGGUGCUUGGUGAGAGGCGCCAGUACGAGUGGGUGGCGGAGAGAAGUACAAAUGGUCUCUGGAGGGGCGAGAGUAUUUGUGGAAGCUUCAACCAGUAUAGGGCACUUGCGCUGUACGCAGCGGAGGAGAUGAAAGUGGGGAUACGUGUGGCUUCCCAUGCAGAUCAUGGAUUGUGGGUGGAUGGUCUAUUCGUUGGUUCGUCCUCAUCGUCUUCCGUAGGGCACUAUCUUUACCAGGUUAGGUUGGCGAGGGGCUGGAAUCGAUUAAUACUAAAAUUGAACACGACGGGUAAAUCACGUGUCUUUCAUGCUGCACGGGGUAAAAUAACGUGGGAGAGUGCACAGAACACUUGCAGGAAGAAAAACGGUAUGCAACUUUGCUCACUAUCCGAGAUAUGCCCACUCGGCGUCGCCCCGAGAGAGGCAGCAUCCACCCCACAAAAAUCCUUCUGGGUUCCUGUAAAUUCCGCAGAAAAUGGGUGGGCCCAAAUUACCGUAAAACGCGGCAACAAAACACUGCUCUGCCAUGCGUGGCGUAAGGACGAUGGAAGGUGGAGUCCAGCGAAGGACCCCCACAAUCGCCACCUAGGCCAGCUGGCUGUGGCAUGUUGCGGCGGCACUCCAGCGCCACCUAUGUGGCUAAGCGUCAUCCCGCCCAACCGUGCACGCGGCAGGGUUGGUUAUACGUACGACUUCCCCCCGGCCCCCGACCGUGUCGUCGUGAAGAUGCCAGAAGGAGUCACACGGUCCACACCCAUCGUAGGUGAUUUACAAGGAGGUGUUCCGGCAAGCAGCACUAAAAACGACGCUAGGUAUCGUACUGGUGGAUUGACUUUCGUACGAGAGUCCUGGAGCCUACUCACGAGGGGGAAAGCAACCGCCUUGCCAAAUGGGAGUUCAGAGAUACUGGUCAACCGGGUUGCUUGCCUGGCCUAUUCCCCAUGCAGCCUCUCUGUGAAAGGUGUGAAGGAUGGGUGGUAUUUUUCUCUUUUACGCACUGACACCGACGAGUCGAUGGUGGAAAGAUUUUUGCAAGGAGAAUACGCCAAGAUUCAGAGGCCAUCAUUGAGUUUUUCUGGUGUGCUCCCAGUUGCUCAGAAGAACGCGGUGGUUGUCCCUCCCCUCAAUAUUGGGUCAUUCUACAUGAUAGCCUACAACCCUAACAUGACCGGCACGCUUGCUGCAACUCGUUUGGAGUACCGCACUCUGUCGAUAACACCAAAGGAGGUGGUGGGAACGCAAGCAUCUGCAUUUAAGGCAGAGGGAAGUGCACUGGAACUCGGUGACGCCGUUUUGAUCCCAACAGGCAACCCUAACUCCCCAGCUGACUGUGGCACACACAAAUGCCAUCAAGAGUUUUCCCGCAGCACCGAUGGCGUUGCUGUCAUAUACUCUAACGUGUCUUUCCCCUUUACCCAGGAUUUAUACGGCUACAACGGUAGCAUCAGUUGUCUGUGUGUCUGUCUUUCGUGUUCCCUGCCACCGUAUACAGCUGCAACAGUGCGUGUUGAAUCGUCAAAGGUUGUGGGGUUUCCUAUAAAUAUCACAGUGACGCUUCCACCGGCGCCGGCGGACGAUAUUGUGGCGGCCAUUCGACCGCGGAUGGUGCGUGACGGUGUCGUGGCUCAAUUCUACGGACGGUUUGAUCCCCGGAAGGGAUACGCUGUUAACUUUACGUCCUCGGGAACACCCAGACCGGAUUGCACGAAACCAUUUUGUUCCGUGCUGAGCAUAACAGAGGAACUUCUAACGUGUGAGGUACACGUGAAUACCCCUCUGGCGUGCAACUGGACGGCCGUGGUUUCAAGCGGGGGUAAAGCCGUGCCGUUUUCCAGUGGUUCCUUCACAACGCUCCAGGUUCACCCAUCUCCACCGUCGGUGGAAUACGUGACGGGAUCCUGCGCCUCUAUCAGCGCGUGGUGUGUGAAUGACACCAAGUUGACACUACAUGGCAAUAACUUCAACCCAGUUGGCGCUGAAUACAACCGGGUAAUUGUUGGAGAUGAUACAUCAGAUGCAGCCGUCUUGUGUGAUGUACUGAGCGCGAGUGCGAGCACCAUCACCUGCACACUUAAGGUACUGCAGAGCAAAGGGGAGGAAAUAUAUCCUAUUGGCAUUGAAACUAGAUUCUCGGAAGAUGAAUGGGGAGAACGGCAGGAGGCGGGGUACCUCGUCGUGGGAGGAGGUGCUUUUGUUGGGGGAUGGACAGAGGACCCCGUGCACCGAUCAGUUUGGGGUAAAAACUCUCAAGUUUUCGUGGUCUGUUCUUUUAUCGGUGUGGUUGUAAUAUUUGCUAUUGCAGCGAUUGUAUUUUCCAGGAUGCACGCAACGUCCUCAGAUAUCGACGUGGCUCUUGUAGAAGAUGAUGGGAUGGGGCAUGCGGGAUCAACAGAGACGGAGGAGCGCACUCAUGAGGAUACCAUUUCCCGUUUUCGCGACAGUGUCGCCACUCCCCCGGGGGAGCGGGCGUGA